UUUCAUUCACUACGGAUUUGUCGAGUUAACCUGACCUCUAUUCUGUUUCGAUUCCAACAUAAAUCUUUUAGUUUUCGCCCGAAAGCCUUUUUGCAUAGAUAGCGUGUGUGUUUUUUUUGUUUCUGUUUCUUUUUUGAUUCUUGGACGAGCUUUUCCUGGGUGAACUUUUAAGUUGUUUUUUUUUUUUGCACAACCUACCUGAGUUGUGUGUCUCUUCUCUGCACGCCUCCUCUCCACCAUGGAUUUGGUUUGGAUUGUGGGCUUCGUGGUGAUCGUCUGCGUUCGGUUCACUUCAGCGGAGCGGCACAGCGUCUACUGGAACAGCACGAAUCCAAAGUUUCUAUGGGACGAUUACGCCGUGGAGGUAAAGCUCAACGACUACCUGGACAUCGUCUGCCCCCAUUACCCUCAGGGCGAGGUGCCGCAGCUGGACGCCGAGCGCUACGUGCUCUACAUGGUGGAGCGAGAGGACUUUGAAACUUGCAAGCCCCAGUCGUACGACCAAAUGCGCUGGGAGUGCGGCCAUCCAUUUGCUCCUCACGCGGCGGAGAAGUUCUCAGAAAAGUUUCAGCGGUUUACUCCGUUCACUCUGGGGAAGGAGUUCCGCCAAGGAGAAAGCUACUAUUAUAUCUCUAAACCUUUGCACCACCAUGGUCAGGAGUGCCUCAGGCUCAGGGUGGAUGUCGUAGCUGCUGAUGGCUCUCAGGAGGCCAGAGUGGCUAAAGGAGGCACAGGUGGGGCUGGAGCUGGAGCUGGGGGUGGGGUUCACAACCCGUCCAACAGACUGCCUGCAGCAGAUGACCCGGUAGUGAUCCUGCCGGACGUCCAGAAGAGCGUACGGACGAACUCUGCAGUGGCGGCUACGUCCCUCUCGAUCCUUUCUCUACUGGUCCCUUUUUCAUUACUACUGUUGUUGCACUGAGAGGACGAGAAAGGACUGCUGUUGGCAGACGUUCUUGCAUUUUCAGGGACUACACAAUGAAGACAGUCCGUGGGGAUGAAACCACUGACUCAAAAAGACAGUUUUCGGUGCCCAGUGCUGGCCACAGGGAGAGACUUUUGAAGCUUGUAAAGUACAGCUGGACUCUCUUGCACUACACGUGCGAAGCAACUCCUGAGCAUUUGAGACAAAGUGUGUGUGCUUUGUCAUAUUUUUCUAAAGUUGAUGGUAGUUUUUUGCCUGGAAAGACCAAUUUAACUUAGUGCUCUCUCCAAAAGACAUGAACCUGUUUGGAUGAUAAGGUUUGAAAAAAUAUGAAGACGUCAAGGAAGAACCCAAAAUGGCUGAAGAACAAUCAAAAGGAACUCUAUGACUUAUAUAGAUAUAGAGAGUAAUUGGGAAAGUUUUCACGUACCCUUUGAGCCAAAGAUCAGUCAUCUCUCCAACUUGUACACUAUUCCACCCUCGACUAUUGUGUACUAUUUGUUGUAUUGUUCUUGUAAUGGUAAUGAGUGGCAUUGACGUCCCAAGUGAUUACUUUCUCUAAAUGUAGCAUUGACAGACACACGGGGCAGUUCUCAUCACAAUCAUUCCUUUGCAAACUCGACCAUGUGCUUCUAUACUGUAGCACUAAACCUGCACAGUACAGACACACCAUCACACACACUGACGUCAGAUGACAUAAAAAAAAAACACACCACAUUGAACUGUGUUAUGUGUACAUUCUGUGAAGGUAAUUUAUGACAUUUGCAGCUGAGAAGUUUUACUGUAUAUUCCAUAAAAGAGAUGUUUACUGUUGGUAACAGGGAGAGCUUUUUGUUCCUCUCUCUCCUGGUAGAGUUAGUACUUAUGUGAAAGGAGAGAAUGGG